CGAGAAAUCUGAAUCUGUCAACAUUCUGUGAAUCCGAAGAUUGUUUAUAAUAUUAUUGUCCAUCUUCUUCAUCCUCUAUUCUGUUCAUUCUCAUUUCGGGAACUCAACACGAGAAAAAUCAAAUCAAGAACAUGCGAUUUUGAAAUGAACAAUCGGACGGGACUUCUUCGAAUUCGCCUGCUGCGAGGCGUUAAUCUCGCCAUUCGCGAUGCUACCACCCGCAGCAGCGAUCCUUACGUCGUCAUCUCCACUGCUCAUCAGAAAUUUAAAUCUCGUGUGGUGAAAAAAAACUGCAAUCCAGAAUGGAACGAGGAAUUCACGCUUUCGAUUACGGAUAUCAACAAUCCAAUUAAACUAGCAGUGUUCGACAAGGAUCGGUUCACAAAAGACGACGGAAUGGGGAGUGCAAAGAUCGACAUAAAACCAUACAUAGAGUGUUUGAACAUGGGACUGGAGAAUCUGCCAAAUGGAUGCGUGGUGAAAAGGGUUCAGCCAAGCAGAUCAAACAACCUUGCAGAUGAGAGCCCAUGCGUUUGGAACGAUGGUAAGAUCGUCCAAGACAUGACUCUCAGAUUGGAGAAUGCUGAAUGUGGAGAAGUCAUGAUUCAGAUUCAGCUGUUCAAUGCUGCUGGGAUCAAAGGCCUUAGAACCAACUCUUUGGCCUGAAAUUUCUCUGCCUCUGCCUCUGCUUUCUCAUUGAUCGGUGAUCAUACCAAUUUCUUUUUACCCUUGUUAUAUAUGUAUAUUUUUGUGUUUGUUGUAUUAUGAUUGAUGAAUUGUUGAUGGCUGGCUAGAAGAUUUUUACUCUAGUUUUUUUGGUUCGUUUGAAUGGUUGUUCAGGUGGUCAUCAACCAUUACAUUGUUUGUGAUUUGUUAAUUUUGUACUAAUUUGAAGUUUGGAGAGGAUUCUCUGUACUAGCUAGUGAUUUGUAAGUUUGAUUGUUAUGAAGAAAUAAUCGUAAAAUAGAAAUGAGAAUAUUUGUAUUUC